AUGGGAUGUCCCGUUACAUGCGGCGAGACCACUGCAGUCAGCGAUAACGCCUAGGUUGGCUGUCAACCUGUAGAAAGACCUCUAUCUCCGAUCAUCUCUAUAAUCUCUAACUCUUAACAUUGUUCGUGCUCAUUCUCAAUUUUUUAGCCUUUAUUAACAUGAUGUUUUGACAGAGCAGUGGGACGUUUUUAUACCCCUUUGGGAGGUUUUCAGGGCGAUCGUUACGUGCCAGUCACGUGUCAGCCCCUGUGAGAGCGACUUUGGUUCACGCGACCCUUCUCAAUAAAUCGCAAAUGUUCUGUUGAACUCUGAGGGGGAAUACACACAGUUAAAUAAAGUUAUGGCUCAUUCAUCCUCAAAGGAACGGGUCCUGCUAUGUCGAUGUAUAUGUCAAGGAAACUUCAAGUAGAAGCAGCCUAUUAAGUGCACUAUCAAAAGGACAGUGUGCACCUAAAAUGUAGGAAUCUCCCAUCUAGCUCUUCGAGCGCAGAACACCAUCGAUAUUUCUUACUAUUGGAGAUCAAGAGGAAAAUACUUCAACAUCUGAUGGAAGAUUAAGGUGCAAGGCUAACCUUGACACAGCUGUAGAUGUAUCUCCCUAUCCAGACACACCAGAGGAUGACGCUACAGUAGACAACAGAUCUUUUGAAUUCUCUCUGCUGCUGCUGCUUUCACCAUGCUACCUAAAGAACACAACAGCGAGCCCAAGGCUGCCAAGCUCAGCCUGUUCAACAGAAAUAACGCCCUGAAUGCUUGUAUGAAGAAAGAGGAGAAUAAAGAGAAGGAGAUUCAUUAUGAGGAUUCCCCAGAUGGUGGCUGGGGCUGGAUGGUUGUACUUCACUGCUUCCUGGUGAAUGUGCUGGUGAUGGGGACCCUGAAGACGUUUGGGAUCUUCUUCGUGACAUUCCAGGAUGAGUUCGGAGGGUCGGCAGAGAGUAUCAGCUGGAUCGGCUCGAUCAUGUCUAGCCUGCGGCUCUCUGGAGGUCCCCUGGCCGCUGUAUCGUGUGCAAAGCUGGGGAACAGAGUGACCUCUAUAGCUGGGGCUGUGCUGGUCAGUGUUGGCUUCCUCAUGAGUGUCUUUGCCACCAGUGUGGUAUUCCUAUACAUCAGCAUGGGGCUGAUUGUGGGCCUGGGCUUUGCACUCCUGUACCAAGCCACCUCUGUUGUCACGGCAACAUAUUUCCGUAAGAGGUUAGCGACGGCAUACUCCAUCGGGCGGUCUGGGAUGGGCUUGACCUUUGCCCUCGCCCCUUUCACUCAGCUGCUGCUGGAUCAGUAUGCCUGGCAAGGAGCUCUGCUGAUCCUAGGAGGCCUGAUGUUAAACCUGGUGGCCUCUGGGAUGCUGCUAAGACCCAUCCACGUUAAGCCUGCACCACCCCCUUCCUCAUCUUCAUCUUCAUCCAUCCAAAAAAGCCCUCUGAUAGAUCCAGAGAAGGAGAAGCCCCGCCCUCAGAAUGGAUGCUGCUUUAACAGAUCCACAAUGUUAACCAAUGGCAUCACCAAAUCAGUCUUCUCUUCCACUCCACAACCCCUGCAUUGGGACACUGAGACCUCAGAGAAGGUCUCCACACAUGGGUUGGGUCAGAGCAACUACAUCCCCCCACCUCCACCAAACCCUGAACUGACCAAGCUGGUACAAAACAGCGUGAACAGGCACGUUCAGGAGGCAUCCCCUCCCACAGCCACCAUAGACAGCCCCAGCCUCAUGGAACAGAACGGUACCAUUAGCCUAAACGGUUCCGCUGUGUUUGGGUUCUCCUCACCUAAUGGUUCUACCACUGUGGAUGAUCACAUCACACCAGCUGUGAAAAGUAACAGAGUCCUAGACUUCUCCCUGUUGAAGAACCCCUUCUUCUGCAUCUACACUUGGUCCGUGGUAUUCAGCCAGCUGGCUUACUUCAUCCCCUACUUCCACUUGUCUGCCCGGGCCAGGAACCUGGGUAUAGAUGCCAUGGAUGCUUCCUUCAUCAUCUCUGUGGCAGGUAUCACAGAGACUAUAGCCCAGCUAGGCUCUGGUUGGCUAGCGGAUAAGAACCUGUUCCAUAAGUACCACUAUCACAAGGCCUACCUGAUCCUGUGUGGAGUGGUCAACCUGGUUGCCCCACUGGCUAACACCUACAUCCUGCUCAUGGUUUACGCUGUCUUCUUUGCCAUCUUCUGUGGCGGUUACAUGGCACUGCUACUGCCUGUCCUGGUGGAUCUGGUAGGGCAAGAGAAACUCAACAACUCCAUGGGAUUUUCUAUGUUCUUCGUAGGCCUCGGCUGUCUGACAGGACCUCCUCUCGCAGGUUUCCUGUAUGACUACACCCAGACCUACGACUGCUCCUUCUACCUAGCGGGAGUGUGUUACCUGCUCUCCUCUGUCUCUCUCUUCCUGGAGCCCGUGGCGAGGAGGUGGCAGAGCAGAAAGAGGAGACGCGAGGCCCGCGAUGUAGAUACCAGCCGGAAGACUAAGGGCUGCUUCUGCCCUGAGCUUCCUGUCCUAAAGAACGGCAACAACAAUGGCGUUGUCUAGAAGGUAGUUUCACCCCAGCUAGCACAUUUGGUUCCUUGGAAGUUCGUAUGCAAAAUAACCAUAGGGCAAUCACCAUGCCUUAACAAUCACUACGGGAGCAGUAUGCUAGCUGGGGGACAUUACCAUACUCUCCUUCAUUAAGCCUGGAAUCAUGUAGAUGGAGGGAGGACAGGGUUGGCUUCCUGUUCCUAAUAUAUGUCAUUUAGCAGACACUUGGUAAUUAUUCAAAGCGACUUACAGUAAAGUGAGUACAGACAUUUUGGGGAUUUGUGAUCCCAGCGGGUAUCGAACUUGCGACCUUGGCAUUACUAGCACCAUUGCUCUUACUGAGACACACGUAACCAUGUAGAGGGAGGGAGAGCAGAGUUGGCUGCUUCCCCUUUCUGGCUGCUUCCCCUUUCUCGCUGCUUCCCCUUUCUCUCUCCUUCCUUAAAACAAGCAUGUGCCAACUGUGCCAGUUACCCAGCUUUUGGGUGGACUGAAAUGACCCUGCUGCUUUGGCGAAAGCCAAGGAAUAUCCAACUGACUGUCUGACUGACUGACUGAGGAGAAAGCCAAGGAAUACCCAACUGACUGACUGUCUGACUGAGGAGAAAGCCAAGGAAUACCCAACUGACUGACUGUCUGACUGAGGAGAAAGCCAAGGAAUACCCAACUGUCUGACUGACUGUCUGACUGAGGAGAAAGCCAAGGAAUACCCAACUGACUGUCUGACUGACUGACUGAGGAGAAAGCCAAGGAAUACCCAACUGACUGUCUGACUGAGGAGAAAGCCAAGGAAUACCCAACUGACUGUCUGACUGACUGACUGAGGAGAAAGCCAAGGAAUACCCAACUGACUGUCUGGCUGACUGACUGUCUGAGGAGAAAGCCAAGGAAUACCCAACUGACUGACUGACUGACUGACUGACUGUCUGACUGAGGAGAAAGCCAAGGAAUACCCAACUGACUGACUGACUGACUGACUGUCUGACUGAGGAGAAAGCCAAGGAAUACCCAACUGACUGACUGACUGACUGAGGAGAAAGCCAAGGAAUACCCAACUGACUGACUGUCUGACUGAGGAGAAAGCCAAGGAAUACCCAACUGACUGACUGACUGACUGAGGAGAAAGCCAAGGAAUACCCAACUGACUGACUGUCUGACUGAGGAGAAAGCCAAGGAAUACCCAACUGACUGACUGUCUGACUGAGGAGAAAGCCAAGGAAUACCCAACUGACUGACUGUCUGACUGAGGAGAAAGCCAAGGAAUACCCAACUGACUGACUGUCUGACUGAGGAGAAAGCCAAGGAAUACCCAACUGACUGACUGUCUGCCUGAGGAGAAAGCCAAGGAAUACCCAACUGACUGACUGUCUGACUGAGGAGAAAGCCAAGGAAUA